GUGGGCGAGCGGGCCUGCGUGUGCAGGGAGAGAGCACCGGGAAUCCGUCCGCAGCGCCCCUGGGCCGAGUCUCCCCUUUUUGUGGAUCCCGAAAACUUUUGCAGAGCGAAGAGCACAUAGAUGGGUGAAAACUGACACUGCUCCGAAUUCCCGGGGUUUACUGGUUGGAUUGAAAAAUGAGUAAUACCACCAAGAAUAAGAGCAGGGUUGUCAGUCCCUUAGCUCAUUAUAAUGACCACAUGUUUGUGUCUACUCUCAGGACCACCCAGCCUUCUGGGCCCUCCCCCCAUGGCCAAUGGAAAGCCUGGUGACCCCAAGUCAGCUCUUCGCAGAGGUCCCCCGGGAUCAAGGGGACUGGUGAUUCCACCACUGCUGAGCCUCCCGCCUCCUCCCCACAGCAGAGGCCCAGCGUGGGGAGGCUUCGGGCCCAGGUCUCGCCCAUACGGUCGCGGUUGGUGGGGGGUCAGUGCUGAGCCUCCUUUUCCUGGGCCAGACCAAGGUAGUCCCCCCAGGGGAGGCUUUCACGAAGAACAGAGACAUCCGCGAAGGCUCAAAAGCUGGUCGCUUGUCAAGAAGACCUGCCCCCUGGAAGAUGAACCCCAGGCUAUGGAAGACAAAUCUAACCGCCCAGUCUGCCGACACUUUGCCAAAAAAGGGCACUGUCGAUAUGAGGACCUCUGUGCCUUCUACCACCCACACAUCAAUGGACCUCCUCUGUGAGACUGCCUUCCCA